CACACGCAUGCUGGGAAGGAGGAUAGUGGCAGAAAGAAAGGGGUGAUAGAAGGAGAGAGUGAAGAGGCGGGGGUAACAAAGGACAAGACAGAUAGUAGGACAGAGAAGGGGGGCUGCAGCCCAGUGUAGAAGAUUGCCAUGUUCUGACAAUGGGGUGUGCAUGGAGCAGCAGAACCAAAACAGGACACAGCUCAGCUGUGUGUUGGAUCAAUAAACGGUAGAUGAGUUCAGACUUCAAGCGAUGGAGUGGAAACCUUAUUAUUAAGAAGCAUUGCUCGACCGGACUGACUGCAUAUUGAGUCCUGAGUUUGGAUUUUCUAAGAACUGACAUUACAAGGAUAAAGUCUCUCCAAUCCUUGGGAGCCUACAGAAACUUGGAGUAAUACAAACUUGAAGCUGGAUUGCAUUAAUAUUCAGACGGACAAAAUGAUGUGAAAAGCAGCGUCUCUUCUUGACUUUUCAGACCUUUAAGUGAGCCAAACAAGGGAUGGGAAGACGAGCGGCUGACCUGACGACGCCGGUUCCGGUGUUGGGCGUCCCCGCCUCUGUAGGGGUACGGAGUUGGAAGACAACAGGAGGAGACAGAAGCGGAGGAGUCCUGCUACAGACCUGGGGACAGUGCAGUAUCGGCAUUCAAACGUCUCCGGGGAUUAGCAGACCACUUGUUCAGUUACCUGAUAGCAUCUCAAACAAUGUUACUCAAACAUCCAACACAAAUACCACCGAGGAAACCAGGGCUAUAUCAGUUCAUCUAAAGAAUGACAGAGAGAAAAGGGCUAUUUUAAGGCAGAAAACUGAGGAAACCAAGAUCAAAAAGGAAGUGACUUUCAAAGCACUUGGAGGUGUCGACUCAAAGAAUCUUGCCGGGUGUCAGAAGAGAAGUGGUGGGACGUACUGCUACGCCAAGGCAAUUAAAACCAAUCCCCUCACUGCCGGCACAGCCAGCAGCAGCAGACCCAGAUUGAAGUCUUCCACCCGUUACAUCAAUGGAAGCGUAGUGGAUUCUGAGGCAAUCGGCGGGAUCAUCGAAGUCAAGGAUGACCCAGAGCCCUCAAAGGCCGCAACUUCUCAUGGAACGGUCUCCCACCAUCCUUGCGCAGACCAGUCAAAAAAUACGUGCAACCACUGUGGCGGGAUGCAGUCUGUAAUAUCCAGAGGCGCCAUCCCGGGGGAAACCAGCCCCAUUUCCAAAGCUCUCUUUGUGGAGAAGGCAUCAAAGCCAGCCCUUACUUCUCUGUUUACUGCCACGCAUUUACAACUUCCUUGUACACUGAAACAAAGCCAGCUAAACUCUGAGACCAAGAGAGUAAAAAACACACCAAUUGCAAGUAACCCACACUUGUAUUACCUUAAUGAAGAGAUAAUAUAUAGACAAACACCCCACCCUGCAUGUCCAGUACAUUCCAGAGUUGGUCCAGAAACUGUGUACCAUACACAUGCUUCAAGUGACGUGACAUCCUUCCAACCGGAAGCCAUUCUCCAAACUAAAACUGUUACAGUUGCUAAUGCCAGAAUUGAAAGCAGGCAGGAGAAUUCCACUAUAAACUGUUUUGCAAAGCCCUACCAGAACAAUAAAAUCUCCCUCCUUUCAAGUUUUUGCUCGAAACCUCAAAUGGCCACAGCGACCAAAACUUUUCAAACUUCCCCUAAGCGGCUCAAGACAUCGUCUCACCAUUCCCUACAAGGUCAUAUUACUCAAAAUGUAUGUGUCUCUGUGCAUGCUGUGCCCGAGUGUCCACCUUUAUCUUUGUACACUGUAGCCAUGGGAACUCAACGAACAUCCAGUCCAGUUGCACAGGGAACUUUUAAUUUGGAGAGGACGUGUCCGCAUAGUAAUGCCAGACCAGCGCCAGAAGCCUUGCACUCAACACACCAAGCACAACUUCUUGAAUCAGACCCUUCUUCACAUCUCACAAUGGCAAGCUCCCCAUCUGAUUCAGAUAAAUGCCAGGAAAAGCCGCCUUCAAGAGCUGCCGAUGUAUCGCCAGCUAAAAUAUCUUUUGUUGACAAUGCAGCUCAAUUCCCUGCUUCUGCUAAUCCGCCUCAGAAACCUGCACCGCAUCCACUCCUAAGUGCCGCUGUCCCGAAGAUCACUUUGAAUUAUAGAAUUAAUCCAGAUCAAAUUACAUGUAGAGGCAGCACAGACAAAGCCUUGGCUCCGCAAAUUCACUCGGUUAAGCCUAACUCCUCAGACUCUGGAACUGCUCUGCAUAUUUCCGCAUCCUCUCCACGCACAAUAUCUGGUGCAUCUAAGUCUCCUGACGCAAAAGUUGAGUCGCACGCAGCUCUCCUGAACUCCAUUGCUGGUCAUUGUACAGUAUAUAAAAAUACGACCGUCAAAACUGAGGUGAAACAAGUCACAUCCCUGCCGUCGCUGGGUAGAGAAAGACAAGAUAAUCUUGCUGCAUCUGGUACAUGUUUGCUUCCGUUAACAGACCCAACUGAGGUACGAAGGAACAGUGAUGCAAACGACAAAAACAAAGCUCAUCGCACACAAGCACCAGACAUCAGCAGUCAAAACAGUCAUAAACCUUGUUUUUGGGGUGUCGUUACCAACCAGCAGAGCAACUCCAUAGCAACUCUGCUCGUCAAGUCACCAAACAUGUUAGAAACCGCUGAGGGAGGUAGUGAAACUAAAAGCCACCACACUGAUCCAACCAUCAGCCCUACUGUGGAAUUACAAUGUAAUAAAAACAAAUGUAGUGACCAUGCCGUCAAUGAGUUAGUUGUGCACAAGUCUGAAGAGCAUAAAAAUUCACAGGUCAUUAACCUUCAGAAUUGCUUUCCCCCAGUUAUGUCAAGCACCUUUCUUUCGCAGGGUUGUCUGGACAGAGAAAAGCAAAGUCUUAAAAUUUCUAAAGGAUUCACACAAGCAGACUAUGAGGGACACAGUGCAACAAGCCCACUGGGACAUCCAGCCAGGCACCCAUGUUCAAAUGCACAACAGUUUGCCUUUGGUGCAGCAGCCAGCCGUGCAAAUAGUACGUUUGAAUCCAAUGCAGCUGGGCAGAAGCAUCUCGGUUAUUCAUCGCCCCCGGUCGCAACACAAACUAACUGUGAACCCAAUAUCUCGCAAACAAACACAGAGGUGAAACAUAUCACCCAGUCUACUGACUGCCAAAAUUCCAAUUUCGAUAUUACAUUACGAAGGCAACCACACACAAGUCCAGAACGUUUUGUCAGCCUGCCAGCAUCACUCACCAGCGAAGGAGGGCUCUCACCACAAACCGGCCCUGAACGGGAGUUCGACCUACAGCCGUCUGCAAUGCUCUCUAAAUCAAGUUUCACCCUCCAGUCCAGAGAGUUGGAGGAAAUAAGCAGACCAGAUUUAAAGUUUAGCCCCGCUGCUCCUCAGUCGGGCCCAGAGGCCACCAGGCUGUCUCACUCCCACCCGUCCGAUGCAGCGCUGCUGUUGCCGCCUUCCCCGCAGUGCUGCAGAUCUGCAGGCCUGGAGCAGAGGCUCAAGACUGUGGAGGCCAGCCUGGCGGCCAACAAGGACAGGAUCACCAUCCUGCUUAACAUCAUUCAAGACCUGGAGACAUGCAAUGCUCCCAACAGCCUUCGGAGAUAUCAUAAAAGCGAACUCGACCUGAGAAACUGCUCGACCUGCCAGAAGACUGCUUGUAUUGUGUACAGUGUUGAGUAUGACUUCAGGCAGCAGGAGCGUCACUUCUUGGAGGUUCUGAAUCGCUCACCGGGUGACAGCAACAGUUUCCCCGCACAUCUGGCGGAGCCUUUAAACCUCAGCCUUCUCCGAAACGCAAUCUCUAAGAACCUCACAAAGACAAAGUUGAAGAGCAAAAAGUUGUGCAAGACUCUGCUCAAGUGGAUUCCAAGAAAAAAGUCAUCCGUUGUGGAUCUCUGUGCUCCCAGCAUGUGACCAGCAUGCAAGAUUCUACCAAGAACUACAGUGAGGAAUAAUUUUCAUAAAAACUAACCAGAAAACUGGCAGCUACCCAUUACUAAGAGACAUUGGGUUAUCAUUUAAUCAACCAGGACUAUGGUACCACUGGCUAUGAGAUACUGUAACAUAGUUUUUUUGUUUUUGUUUGCUUGUUUGUUUUUUUCUAGAAGUUUUCUUAACAAGACAAAUUUAAAUGCAAAACAGAAAACAAAAGUGAAUUUUUGUAGAAUGCUAUAAAAGUUUGUUCUAAAAGCUGCUGGACUAUUCGGAGCAGAUGUACAAGUUUUCAAAUUACUUUAAUGUAUUUAAAUUCAAAUUCUGCCUUAUAGCAGCAACCAACGUGAGAGCAUAAUAUUUUUUAUUUUAUGUGACAGAGCAAGAUAAAGGUCAGCAUUAUAUAAAAAGAAACUUAAACUUAAAACAAUUUGAACCCAAAAAAGUGCAUUUGUGUACAACCCAUUGCUCUCAUAACCCACAAUAAAGUCUACAGCAACAAAACUUCAGAAAUCACCUAAGCAAUAAAUUAUACUUAAAUGCAUGUAAUUUAAUCUCAGGAGAAAUAAACUGUUCUGAGACAAAACAGUAUACAAAUAACUUUGAAAACAUGUUGAAAGCUUGGCUGCAUAAAUGCGGUCAUCACUCUUAAUAAUGUUUCCACUCAUGUCUUAGAAUGACUUUGUGGAACAAUUAGAGCCUUUGACCAGAACCUCAGACUGCGAGACGAUGUAUUUUUACGGUGCAGAGCAACAUAUCCCACAGGAUCCUGUGUAUUGAUCUCAAAAUUGAAAGAGUACAGCAGAACAAACUGACCAAACAUCGUUAUCUGUCUAAACAGUCAGAGCGGUCAAUGAGAAUAUUGAUGUGGCGCAAAGAGGCUCAACUCUUUCAGAUAGGUAUUUCAAAAGUGGUAAAAGGAUUUCUUUGUUUUGCGUUUCAGUGUUAAUAUUUAAAUAUGCCUGGUUGUAUUUGAUGACUAACCACAAUCCCAGCUGCAGAGGAUCAAAUGACUUAAUGACUAUCAGUUAAUUAAUCCAUAUGGAUGUUUGCAUGGUUUAAAUCAGUCCUUACGAAUGUGUUAGAAUGGCAAACCUAAAUCAGAACUCAUAAUAGCAGAAUUUAUGUCACAACUUGAAACUUAUCAGAUGCUCUUCAUCUGUUGUGGUUGAGUUUUCAGCCACUUUUCAAAGAAAAAGUCUCUAGACAUCAACUGGCAGAGACAUGUCACAAAGUUCUUGCAUUUGUCAUUGCAAUAAAAUGGUGAUUCAAAAAGUCUUGACUUAGACACAUCGAAUAGAAAUGGGUAUUGCACUUCCCAGAUUUUAAACAAUUUGUUUCAUUUCACUUCAGUCUAUCACAUAAAAAGCAAAAAGAACAUUAAAAUUUCCUUCUGGUCAUACCUGGACAACAUGGGAAGUAAACCUGAGGGGUAUUAUACCCAGCAUGAAUGGUCCACAGCCUGACAAUCACUAUAUGUCAGAGCAGGGGGCUGCCUGCACUCAAAUAUAUGAGUUUGGGUAUUUUAUUUUUUUUUUUACUCAGUGUAUCCCUGGUUGAUGCAUGGUGUCAUCACAUUCAACUGAAACCAGAGGCUUAGAUAAACAAAAUAAAAAAAAAUAAUAAUAAUAAAAGAAAACACAAUUUCUCACCACCUGAACUGAAGUCAGAAAAAAUAUUCUCUUUCUUUUGGUCAGUUAGAAUUACUAAAAUUAUUUACAUUUGCAUAUUGAGACAUUGAGAUAGUAAGAGAAACAAUCUGUCAGGGAUGUAAUUUUUAAUGUAUUCAAAAGAAAUCAGAAAUUCAGAUAGGUUUUUCAAAAGUGGUAUAAGGAUUUCUUUGUUUUGCGUUUCAGUGUUAAUAUUUAAAUAUGCCUGGUUGUAUUUGAUGACUAACCACAAUCCCAGAUUUCUACAGUAUAUCUAGUUUUCUAUGUAUGUCUGUUCUCUUUGCACUGCUGAGAUUAACACAGCUGACUGAAAGUUCACCUAUUAUCUUGUCCCCCUUAGAAUAAACUCCAUAAGCUUUA